AAACGCGUGCAGAGGCAUUGGGACGACAACGGCUGAGUUUGGUAUUGCGGGGCGUCACGAUCGCCUCCAACGUGGUGUACAGGAGCAGGGGCUGAAGCAGGGGCUGAAGGACGUGUGGUGUUCCCGAGGACUUUUCGGAGUCCUGCGGCGUGUUCCAAGUCAAGCGGCGAACACUCGUAGCACACUUCGAAUGAAAAGUUGCAGACUGAUUCAGCAAAGACUGUGAAGUUGAAAUGGCUUCGUCAACACGUCGUCCAGAGCACGCAGCUCCUCCUGAGAUUUUUUAUGAUGAAAAGGAGGCCCGAAAAUAUUCGUCGAACUCCCGGAUGAUAGAGGUGCAGGAGCGCAUGACGGAGCGAGCGCUGGAGCUGCUGGCGCUACCGGAGGGCAUACCGCAUCUAGUGCUCGACCUCGGCUGCGGCUCAGGACUCAGCGGCGAGACGAUCACCGAGGCCGGCCACGUCUGGGUCGGCUGCGACAUCUCGCAAGCCAUGCUGAACGUCUCCAUAGAGCGCGAAGUGGAGGGCGACGUGCUGCUCAGCGACCUGGGCCAGGGCCUGCCCUUCCGAGCGGGCUCUUUCGAUGGGGCGCUGAGCAUAUCAGCCCUGCAGUGGCUCUGCAAUGCCGACAAGAAGGAGCACGUGCCGCGGAAGCGGCUGUACAAAUUCUUCUCGUCUCUGUACGGCUGCCUGGGUCGGGGCGGCCGUGCCGUGUUCCAGUUCUACCCGGAGAGCUCGGCCCAGGUGGAGAUGAUCACGGCGCAGGCCAUGAAGGCCGGCUUCACCGGCGGCCUGGUGGUCGACUACCCCAACAGCACCAAGGCCAAGAAGAUGUUCCUGGUGCUGAUGAGCGGCGGGCCGCAGCCGCUCCCGGAGGCCCUGGGCGACGGCGGCCAGGCCAGCGCAGUCGCCUACGCCAAGCGUGACCGGAUGCGCCAGCUGCGCGGCAAGCCGCCGAAGAGCUCGCGCGACUGGGUGCGCGAGAAGAAGGAGCGCCGCCGACGCCAGGGCAAGGAGGUGGCGCGGGACUCCAAGUACACGGGCCGGCGGCGCGCGGCCGGCUUCUGAGCGGGCAUGCACCGGCCGGCGGCUGUGAUGGGGACAGGGCAAGAGGUCGUGCACGCGCGCUUGAUUACUGCCCGGCCUCUCUUGCCCCCAGACGUCCUUCGAGAACUGGUUGUGACGGGUCGGACACGCAUGCUGGCGCUGAAAUAAUCCCACUCGUCGAUGGUAUAGCAAGGAAAUAACAUGUACUUGUUAAUGUAACAUAUAAAAAGGGUUUCUGUCCAUUUGGUGCGGCGUUAUAAGGCGUCGGUGGCGUGGUGUGACCAUUUGAUGAUUUGCUGUGGUCGCGGUAAAGUCGUUUUUAUUUAUACGCGAGCCGUGUUUUGACCAUCCGGGCCCUGCUGGACCUUGCCGAGCCAACGCCGCUGUGAGCCCGUGCCGAGAUUGUGCUUGAUUGAGGAUUGAGGCUUGUCAAGUGGGUGUUUUUGGCCACGUCAUGGUUGCUAUUGUAUCGCUCCAGGUCAUGUCGAGCACAACACGGAUGACAAUAGACGGUGCAGUGACCAGGAA